UGUGUUGUUCAGUCUGUGGUCCAGUUGUCUUCGCGUCCUGUUCGUCUUUUUUUCUUCCGGUUUUUCUCCGUCCGGGAAUACGAAAGUGAUGCUUCACCGACACCGGCUACACAGAGACACAGACGGAGACCAGCACUGAUAGUUUCUUAUCGAUUUUCACCAUUUUUUCUUGUUCCAAGGAGUAUACUUCUGCCCUUUUUCUCUCUCCCUCUCUCUCCGUUCGUCUUGAAGAACAAGACACUGUUCGUUAUUCGUUAACUUUUUCUGUCCCCUAUGCGGGAGAAGCGACGCUUUGGGGCGAUUUUAUUAUUUUUGCCACUCGGUUCGGGGUUGUGUUUGAGCACAGGAAUGCCCGUGUGAAUCUGUUUCUUUUCUCUUUUUUCUUUUUUUUUCUGCUCUUGGAUAUACGAGGAUUUUUUUUCUUGUGCGGUAACUCGCUGUAAAUGGAUCGACAGUCCAGUUUCAUUUCCAUUUGGCUACAACUGGAACUCUGUGCCAUGGCGGUCCUUCUGACUAAAGGAGAGAUAAGGUGUUACUGUGACGCGCCGCACUGCGUGGCUACUGGAUACAUGUGCAAGUCAGAACUGAACGCCUGCUUCACGAAGGUCCUGGACCCGCUCAACGCAAAUUCUCCACUCACCCAUGGGUGUUUAGACCCCAUCGCCAAUGCUGCAGACAUUUGUGGCAGCAGCAGCAGCAGCCAGAGGGCAGUGGACACUCUAACUGGGGCCACAACGCUGGAGUGUUGCCACGAUGACAUGUGCAACUACAGAGGCCUGCACGACCUGGCACACACCAGGGACUCAACAGAUAGCAGCAACAACAACAGGAACCUGGUGACCCGGGUUCAGGAGCUGACCUCAGCUAAGGAGGUGUGGUUCCGAGCAGCCGUGAUCGCUGUGCCCAUCGCCGGCGGCCUCAUCCUGGUGCUCCUCAUCAUGCUGGCACUGCGAAUGCUGCGCAGCGAGAACAAGCGGCUGCAGGACCAGCGGCAGCAGAUGCUGUCGCGGCUCCACUACAGCUUCCACGGCCACCACACCAAGAAGGGCCACGUGGCCAAGCUGGACCUGGAGUGCAUGGUGCCCGUGACGGGCCACGAGAACUGCUGCCUGACCUGCGACAAGAUGAGGCAGGCCGACCUGGGCAACGACAAGAUCCUGUCUCUGGUGCACUGGGGGAUGUACAGCGGCCACGGCAAGCUGGAGUUCGUAUGACUUCUUGCUGGGGGACUAUGAGACUGUUGCCUCCCCACUAACAGCCAGGACUGCUUCUCAAUGGCUGGCUUUUGCCUUUUUUACUUUGGAAGAAGAAGAAAAAAAAAAGACAUUCCCACGUUUUUUUUGUCCAUUGGAGCGAAAAUAUAUACGAGACUGAUCUCAUGCCGUAUUGGGUUUUUUGCUAGAGGAGCACUUUACUUGAAAAAUGAAAGGCAAAAGCUGCGCGGAGGAGCCGUAUUUAAACAUGAGAGGACGGGACUGAGGUGGAGUGAGCGCUCUAUCGCUGCUCCGGAGGAUCCUGGACUUUUUUUUUUUUUUUUUUUAACACUGAGCGCUGAAGGAUUCCAAAUCUGUCUUAUUUGCACAUUUGUAAAAAACAAAACAAAAACAAAAAGAGUUGCUUAAAACAAGAAUUCUACACUGACACCAGGGUACAAAAAAAAGAAAACAGACUUGUUUGAGGAGUAAAAUAAUUCAGUGUUGAACUGUAGUUGUGCACACUCCUCUGUGUACGUUUCAUGAUUCAAGCUUAUUGUAAAGAGUCUAAAUAUAUAUAUAUAUAUAUUUUUGUCUGAUAAAACUGACCAGUGUGUGUCUUAUUCUGGGUGAAUGUCCAACAUCUCUCUCUCUCUCUCUGUGUGUGAUCAGACUAUAAGCUUGAUUGUGAGUGUGAAAGAAAAACUUCCAUUAAAAGUGACUUUUUAUUUA